UCUACCUACUUCCGUUCAGAAAGCGAUGAUUUCGGCUGCCAACGUUCAGCCGAGCAAUCAGAAGAAACAUUUCAAGUGUGUGGUGUUGGUCUACAAAAACAGCCACCGUGCCCCGCCGCGCCCCCACCCCCAGCGGAGCCGUUAUGUGGCAGGAGGCCCGCAAACAUGAGCGCAAGCUGCGAGGCAUGAUGGUGGACUACAAACGGCGCGGCGAGCGCCGGCGAGAGUACUACGAGAAGAUCAAAAAGGACCCGGCCCAGUUCCUUCAGGUUCAUGGCCGAGCCUAUAAGAUCCAUCUGGACUCUGCCGUAGCGCUCGCCGCAGAAAGCCCCAUUAACAUGAUGCCCUGGCAGGGAGACACCAACAACAUGAUUGACAGGUUUGACGUGAGAGCCCACCUGGACUACAUCCCCACCUUCACCCCCCCCCUCCUCAGCUCAGUCACCCCAGAACAGGAGUCAGAGGAGAGGAAGUGCAACUAUGAGCGUUACAGAGGCCUGGUGCAGAACGACUUCGCCAGCAUCUCUGAGGAGCAGUGUUUGUACCAGAUUCAAAUGGAUGAGCUCUACGGUGGAUUACAGAGGCCAAAUGAGGAUGAGAAGAAAAAGCUCGCUAAGGAGAAGGCCACCAUUGGCUACACGUACGAGGACAGCACUGUGACCGAGCCUGGGGAGGAGGAGGAGAAAGGGGAGGAGGAUGACUCUGAGAACAGCGAAUCAGAAGAGGAUGAGGGCAUCCCCGACAUUGAUGUGGAGGUGGAUGUUGAUGAGCUCAACACAGAGCAAGAGUUGGAUCUGAACAAGAUGGCCACCCCAUAUGGAAUGUCAGAGGGGGACUUUGUCAGGAUGCUGAGAAAAGACAAGGAUGAGGUGGAGGCAAUCAAACAUGCCAAAGCUCUGGAGGCAGAGAAGGCCAUGUACUCGGGCCGUCGUUCUCGCCGUCAGAGGAGGGAGUUCAGAGAGAAGAGACUGAAGGGCAGACAGAUCAGCCCACCCAGCUAUGCCAGGAGAGACAGCCCCACCUACGACCCCUACAAACGGCCUCAGUCGGAGUCAAGUUCGGAGUCACGGUCGCGCUCCCGUUCCCCGGGCCCCGAGAAGAUCACCUUCAUCACCAGCUUCGGAGGCAGUGACGAGGAGGCUGCCACGGCUACCCAAGCCCCACCCCCUGUCCACUCUGGCCACACCCCCGCCAACUCGCUGCACCACCCCGCAGGUCAUAGCAGGGGCUCCCGCAGACGCCGCUCUUCCUCCAGCCCCUCCUCUUCCUCUCGCUCCUCCUCCAAUGGCUCCUCCUCUCGUUCCUCCUCUCGCUCCCGCCGCAACACGCGCCGCGGAGGAGGCAGGGACAGGCGGUAUUCCCGCUCCAGGUCGAGACGGCGCUCGGACUCGCGGUCUCGCGGCAGGGGAGCUAACGGGGAAAGAGCUGGGUCACGGAGGAGAUACAACCGGACACGGUCCCGCUCCAAUGACAGAGACCGGAACCGGGACAGAGACCGGGAGAUGGACAGGGGACGGGACCGGGAUGCUGGGUGUCGAUUCACCGCACGCAGAAGCACACGAUCCCGCUCAGACUCUCGGCAGGGGGAGCGUGCCAGGCGGGGGGGUAGGGGGCGUUCUUCUGGAGGCCACCGAAGGGGGGUCAGCAGUAGCCCCAGUGCCUCCCAGUCCCCCCAGCUCAGCUGCACCCCCUCACCCUCCCACAAAGGAGGGCAGCCCUCUGCCACUGCUCUCUGUGACAAGCUGAGAAAGCCUGAUACUCCGGGUGGUAAAGAGACAGGAGCUGCCAAACCCAAGAUGACCCCUCAGGAGAAGCUGAAGAUACGCAUGCAGAAGGCGUUGAACAGACAGUCCAAGGCGGAUAAGAAAGCAGCGCAGGCGAAAGUCAUGCAGCAGGAGAAUAAGCGAGCGGAGCGAGAGGGAGAGCUUCGAGCCAUGGCACGCAAGAUCCGGAUGAAUGGUGUGUGUUCCAGGGAGCGAGAGCGUCGGGAGAAGGAGAGGGAUGAGUGGGAGAGACAAUACGGACGACAGAGUCACUCGCCCUCCCCGUCUAAAUAUGGUCGUGACUACAGCUCCUCCAGAAGGAGGUCCCGCUCCCGCUCGAGGAGUCCAUACUACCGCUACUGAAGCCACCGCCUGGACCCACUGACCCCCGCAACCCCUCCUCUCCCCACUCCCUCAGUGGAGAGAGAGACAUGAGAGAAAAGGGGAGAAGUGGGGGGACAGAAUGAAGGAUUGGUGGUGGAGUGAGGGACAGAUGGGGAGACCUGAUUGGACGAGUUGAAUUAGAACGCAUAGUCACAUUAUAGUACUUCAGCAAUACUGCAGAAUGCUCUUCUUUUAACCUGUUCUUUCUCUUCUAUCUCUCCACUUGGUCCAUUUCUCUCUCUCUCUGUCUUUCUCUCAUGUAGGCAUCACUGCCUAUUACAUGAAUAGGAUGUAAAAUAAUUUGAUAUUUCCCAUUCAUCUGUGUACAUAAUUUUCUUCAAUUACAAAUGAGUAAAAGUUGAUAAAAUCCUGCAGGAGUGUGUAAGCCCAUGUGUGGAAAAGAUGGAUAAUCGUUUACUUUUUUUCAUGCAUUGGCCCCAGCCACUUACCCUGUGAAAUUACACUUGGUGUUUUUUUCAGAGGAACCAAUAAAGUAUUUUUGUUUUAGUCCAAUACAAUGAAGACAUCGAACUGAGAAAUUAAAAUAAAAUACCCAAAAUGAUCAGAUGUAGGCCUAUUGGGUUGAUGUUGUCAUUACUAUAAACCUUAAUCCAAGCAUU